GGAGGGAUGUUUCCUCAGUCUGUGCCGUGGUGUAGGGGCUGUUGCCUCAGCAGAUCCCAGCUCAGUCCGUCCAGAGCAGCGGCGGGGAUGAGCGCUGGGGACUAGGUGCCAAAGCAACAACGCAUUUCACAGUGAUGGCCUCAGCUGCGCAGCUGUGCCGGUGAUCCUGCCGCUGCAUGUAGGGAAGAAGCAGAGACGCCUUGACAACCGACCUACCUUUCUCUCUCUCUCAGAAAAAGAAAAGACUGGGGGAGGGAAAAAAGAAAACACACCAGCAUAAACAAAUGCGACCAUGUACAGCGUGGAGGACCUUCUCAUCUCUCAUGGAUACAAGCUGCCCAAGCAUAGCACCCCUUCCUCCACCCCUACCCCAGCCCCCGCGUCAACGUCCCACCAGGCUCCCUCGUCCUCACCUCCGUCCUACAGCAAACACCAUGAAAUCCUAGAGAACAGGCCUGGCCCCAGGGCAGUAAAUGGCUAUGAAAGAGGGCCUGGGCUGCCCUUUGGAAACGGAGGCGGAACCAGGCCGCCCCAAGCGUACGCCAGCGGCUGUCCCAACAACAACAAUGAACCUAGGGACAGAGGCCUGUCGAGGCGGGAGGGCGAGGGCCGGAGCCAAAUGGACACCCACUCCUUGGGGGAGUCGCUGACCUCAGACAGCGGGUUCUGUGAUGGCACCAGAGGUCCUCAGGCGCAGUCCAAGGAUGUGUCCUACUGGAGGAGGAGAGGCCAGGACUUCACUGUGCUACUGGACUAUGCAGACCCCCAUGGAGGGGGCCAGGGGGGUUGCAGCAGGCCGGAGGGAUCUCAGCAAGCAAGAGGCCAAGAGUUUUCUGCAGAGGAGCGUCAGAGAGCAGCUCAGGAGAGGCAGCGCUGGGCGGCCCAGGCCCAGGCUCAGGUGCAGGCUCACGCCCAGGUCCAGGCUCAGUCCCGCUCUAGAGAGAGGGAAGCUGCUCUCCAUCAGUGGAGGAUGGCGAAUGAGAGGAAGUGUCAGAGCCUGGGUACAGAUGAGUGGCGUCCAGCCGUGAGCUUUAGUCGCCAGCUGUCCCAAAGUGAGGGUGAGCGUUGGGCACAUGAGCAGCAGCGACUCCAUGCCAGGACACCAGAGGGUAUGGUAGUCCAUCCAAGGACCAAAGCCAAAUCCCAGUCCCUGCCUAGGAUGCUGCAGCCUGAGAGCCUGCAAUUCGUGGACAUAGACCCGUCCAGUCUGGAACUGUACAGACGGGUCAAUGGCCACCCGGUAUCACAACAUGACUUUUACAAAGCACCCCGCUGGCCGGAGAAUGGUAGGCCGGCUAGCGCAAACCAACUCUCAAUGACACCAAAGCCCCGCUUCACGAGACCCCCCAGACCUCCCUCUUAUGAGAUGCACCAGCAGAUCAGGGGAAGCUGUGAGAUGUUGUCUGGGAGAGACUCAGUGAUUUCCCAUGCCAGGGACAGAACGCCACUUCCAACACAAAGGAUAGAUGACCCUCAACUGGACUUUUAUGGACAGGACUCUGAACCUCCGGGAUACAUCGCUCCCCCAUCUUACAGAAGAGCUCCUUUGAUGGCAGGGGCGUGUCGGGGAUAUGGUGAAAUUGCUGUUGACUACAGGUACAGAGGGGAUGUGUACCAGCAGAUACAAGUGGCUCCAGAUGGUUCUCACUGGUUCAGACAUCCAGCUGGUUCCUGGCCUGAUCACCAGAGAGAAAGGAUAAUGUCUGGCCAGAAGCAGCUUUACCCCAUGUAUAUGACCCAACAGCGGCCUGGUGGAGCGAUUCAAUACAUCCCCUUUGAUGACCCCCGCAUCCGCCAUAUUUCCUCAGCCCUGGGUGGCAACUCCCUGACGGACGCUGACAAGAUCCGGCACAUCCGCAACGAGCUUCCCAGCGUCACCGUGUCGGAGCCUGCAUCCAGCGACAGUGCCUUUUUGCCCCCGCCAUUGGGGCCUUUCAUCUCAGCCAAACUGGCUGAUGAUGCCAACCCAACGUCUUCUAGGGACAAUGACAAUAACAGGUGGCACAGUGAUUUGCACAAAGAGGCGGUUGAUAACUUCCCAGCAACGGACCAAAACUGCAACAACAGAUACCCCAAAAACCCACGUCCUCCUCCAUCUCCCUCUUCAGCCUUCCAGGCCCCAUUAUCAAGAAGUUCUUCUCGACAGGGGUCCAGCUCAGAUAAGGUCUUUGCAGAAACCAUCACCCAAGUCAAAAAAAUUGUCCCAGAUACACGGCCAGAGAACACAAAGAGAAGAGUAAGUGAAACCAUCUUCUGCCUUGUGUCUGUCCCUGUUCACACACCGACUAACAUUAGCAAAGACUUACCAGCAGACCAGAACAAUAAUGAGACAAUACCAAGCCUGACUGUCAGCAACAAAGACAUAUUCGCUGUAGGACUCAAAGAGAGCCCCAAUGUGCGGAGCAAGUCAGUGAAUGAAAUGCCCAUAACACCCCACUACUCUCACUUUCACACCAGCAGCACUUUCUCAAUGAGGAACUACAAGAGGGCUCCUCUAAGGAAAGAGAUAAUAGAUGCCUGGGCUCUCCAAGCCAUUCAAGAUAAAGAGUUGUGCUACUCUGGGUCCUGGCCUGGAAACCAGUACCGUAACCAGGAAACUCAGACUGGCUCACCUUUGACGGUAGUAAAAAGUCCAGAACCCAAAAGUCCUCCUGGGGCUCAAGAGCCUGUUCAGUCUGCCUCAGACACAACUACUGACAGAGGUCUAGGAACAGACGGUAGUUCUGCUUAUGGUUACCCCAUGGCAGGUCAGAAAAACCUACAUCCCUCUAGUAACAGCGCCUUCUCCCGUCUCAGCCUCAGCCCAACACAGCAGACACACCUUGAACCCUCACGAGACCCUCUACCAGAAACAAAGGCCCAGGAUCAGCCAUCUUCCCCGAAGAAGAGCAUCUCCAGUCCCCUGGAGGAUGAAGAGCAAGUGACCUUUGGUCAGUUUCUCUUAAAGCCAGUGAAUCGACGACCCUGUGAUGCCAUUGAUGAACUGGAGACCAUUAAUAAGGAGAUGGAAAAAACCAUCAGCAAGAGAGCCAAUGUAGGCCAGUGCAUUGACGAUCUAGAUGGGUUGAAUAAGAUGUUAGACCUAAAUUCAGGAGCACAUUUCACUGCUGGUCCAGAGUCAGUUAGGGAAGCAAUCAGUUUUCCAAUAAUGCACACAGAAAAACCCAGUAUAAAAGUCAGAUCAAAGUCCUUGGCUUCCACCCCUGAUUCGGACUCACUGGACUUAAAGAGUGCUUUCUUCAGGCCACAGGCCAACAACAUACCACCAACAAAUGAGCUACCCAUAUUCUCCAACCCUGACCCCAAAGACAGUAGCCUCAAGCCCUCACUACCAAAAUACAAUGGGUCCAGCCGGCUCUAUAGACAGGAUAUCCCAGUCCCUCAAGAGUCCUUGCUGAGGGAUGUGGGAUUAACCGUCUACACAGAGACUCCUGGGGGUCCUGGGGAGCCAAUGCAGCGCUCACUCUCAGUCCCAUCUCCACUUGGUCAUAAGGACCUUAGUCAGUCAAUGCAGCUCCCAUUGUUGAGCAGGACAGCACUUGUUAAAAAUAGCGGUAGCCCUGAGCACAAAUCAAAUAAAGAAAUUCAAGCUAAGGUAAAAACUGAGAGAAAGGUGAAAUCCCCACCAUUCAGGUGCGAGGUGAAUUUAGGCAUCUAUAGAACCAGGAGUGAAAGCAGUGCAUCAACACAUAAAGAGGGUUCAUCCUAUAUCAACAGGCUGAACAGGGAAGUUUCUUUUCUGUUAAGGGAUGAUGCAGUAAUUGGUAGAAAUGCCCUCUCUGAGCCUCUGAACUACAAGAAUGAGUCAACAAUAGCAGAUAAGCACCUUGAGAACUUACUGAAUCAGGAGAAGGCCAAUUCUUUACCUGCCGAAGACCUCAGCAAGCUCUAUGAGGUGAAAUUUGGAGAAGGCAUCCCUGAAAAUGAGUCCAUCGAGCAGAGGGCUGCCAGAAUCCUGGGUAUAGCCGUUCCUGUGGAGGCCUUGGGUGUGGCUGACAAACUUUUAGAGGACAACCUCAAUGAUAUGGGUACCACUGUCAUCGAGAAACUACAAAGCCAAAGCGAUGAGCCACAGCAGUUGAUAGCAGAGUAUGAGCAAGUCAAAGAACCUGGGAUUGUUCAGGGAGCAAAGCAUGAGCAGAUCCAAGAUGAGCACCUGAUCUUCCAGGAAGCAGAGCAUGAGCAAGUCAAAGAUGAACCUGUGAUUGUUCAGGGAGCAAAGCAUGAGCAGGUCCAAGAUGAGCACCUGAUCUUCCAGGAAGCAGAGCAUGAGCAAGUCAAAGAUGAACACGUGAUUGUCCAGGGAGCAGAGCAUGAGCAAGUCAAAGAUGAGCCCGUGAUUGUCCAGGGAGAAGAGCAUGAGCAAGUCCAAGAUGAGCCCCUGACUGCUCAGGGAGCAAAGGCAGAGGAGGUCAAGGGGAGAGGUUCAGAAGUGGACCUCCAAGAAGGAUACAGACAAAACCACAGCAGCAACCACAGUGAUGGUGAGGACAACCAGGAUACUGGGAUUCAGUCCCUGGUGGUACUGGACCUGCCCGAGUUUCCACCUAAUAAGCUUCCCCUCUCCCUUCCCGUAACAUCUGAUGACAAGCUAGCACUUAGCAUUUGCAGUAUAGAGAGGAAAGGGCGAGGUGGGACAUGCAAACUAAUCGAAUCCAUGCACGAUAAGCUUAAUUAUUCCGCUUCUUCUACAUCUUUGCACAUGUCAACUCCAGAAAGAAGGGCCCGUCUGAAAGAGCUGGACUCAGUAUCUCGAAUAAGACGACUCAGCCUCAAAGGUUCGGAGUCUGGGGAAGAAAUGUAUUCUAAAGAAAUGGACAGUGACAGAGAGGAGAAUGAAGUCCAGGAAGUGCCAAAGGAGCAAGUUGUAGGGAAACAAGCAGAGGAAGAGGAUACAAAGCUUAAGGAAGAAGCAGGGAAUGUGGAGGAGAACCCAGAUGAACAUGAGAAUGCACAUAAAACACAUGGAAAGUUGGGAGAUCCUGAAGAAGAUUGUAAACCUAAAGAAGAAGCGAAUGGAGGGAUAUGUCAGGAAGAGCAAAGACAAGGAGAAAAGACAGAAGAGAUGAAUGUUGAGAUUGCACUAAAACUAGAAAAUGAAGGGAGUGAAGAAGUACAUGUUGAAUUAAAAACAGUAGAGCCAGGAGAGAAGAUGGAGCUUCAAAUUGUUGAGGAUUGCAAAGAAAAGCCUUUGGAAAAGGUGAGAGAGUGCCAGAAUACAGCAGAGGUCAGAAGAGCUGAGGCAACACAGGGCACUAAGGUGAAAAAGGUGCCCAAACCAAAGCAGCGCACAAAGCUGCAGAAGCCUCCUCUGCUUCCUAAACCUCGCAGUGUUCCCAAGAGAGAAAUAACACUGCCUGUCAGCUUCAGCACUGGGACCCGUGGCCCCUCAAAUAUGGAGGAUGAGGAGAAGCACUCUGUCUCAGACUCCUACGACCCCAGUCGAGUGGAGAGAGUGUAACCUCUGACACUGCCUUCACAACAGUGGAAAUCUGUAUUUCUCAAGUUAACAGCUUUUC